GCGGCGCGCAGCCCCCCGAGCGCGCCAACGCGGUCCCCGCCGGAGCCGCGGCGUCCCCGGUGCGGCCCUCAGCCCCGCUCCUGACCCCGCAUCCCGCCGGCCCCAGGAUGGGCGCGCGCGCCUCGGGCGGGCCCCGGGCCCGGGCUGGGCUCCUGCUGCUUCUGCUGCUCCUCGGGCUGCUGGCCCCGGGCGCGCAGGGGGCGCGGGGCCGCGGCGGCACCGAGAAGAACAGCUACCGCCGCACGGUCAACACCUUCUCGCAGAGCGUCAGCAGCCUGUUCGGCGAGGACAACGUGCGCGCCGCUCAGAAGUUCCUGACCAGGCUGACGGAGAGGUUCGUGCUGGGGGUGGAUAUGUUUGUCGAAACGUUGUGGAAAGUUUGGAUGGAGCUCUUGGAUGUUCUUGGACUUGAUGUGUCGAACCUGUCCCAGUACUUCAGCCCGGCCUCGGUGGCCAACAGCCCGGCCCGCGCCCUCCUGCUGGUCGGCGUCGUCCUCCUGGCCUACUGGUUCUUGUCUCUGACCCUGGGCUUCACCUUCAGCCUCCUGCACGUGGUGUUCGGCCGCUUCUUCUGGGUCGCGCGGGUCAUCCUGUUCUCCAUGUCGUGCGUGUACGUCCUGCACAAGUACGAGGGGGAGCCGGAGAACGCCGUCCUGCCCCUCUGCUUCGUGGUGGCCAUCUACUUCAUGACCGGGCCCAUGGGCUUCUACUGGCGCAGCGGGCCCAGCGGCCCCAGCGUGGAGGAGAAGCUGGAGCACCUGGAGAACCAAGUCAGACUGCUCAACAUCCGCCUCAACAAAGUGCUGGAGAGUCUCGACCGCGCCAACGGCAAGUGACAAUCAGCCAGCCGGCCGGGUCCCCUCACGCCAGCGCCCGCUCUCAGAAAACAGAAACGGAGAAGGAAGAAGAGAGCCCCAAACCCCAAACAAUCUCAAUAAACGUUCCUGAGCGCGGCGGGGGGCGCUCUGUGAGGGUCUUUCCGGCCACGUGUCGACCCUGAGGACGCGUUCCCAGCAGAAUGAUGGGAUCGCUUGUGUAGAACCACCACCAAGUGUCAUUAGUGGGGGGAACAUAUUUUUUAAACAAAGGAUAGAAUCACAUUAGCUGUACAGUAAGAGUUUAUCUGUGCAUAGAGCAUAAAGUUAAUUUUUUCAAGCACUUAAAUACAUCUUUUGUAAGGUUUUUUAACAAAGGCAGAUCGAGUCAAGUUUAAUCAAACUUUACGUUGAGGGGAAGAAUAUGCUAAUGGGACACUUUGGAGUAAAAGCUCCAAUUGCUGGCAUUUGAUUCACAGCAUAGGGCUUGGUGGGGGAGGUCUGGGUGCGUUAUUCUCACGUCCCAAAACCGUGGGCUUCAUUUUCUGUUACUUUCAGUUGGGCUGAUGGAUGUUGUCGGUUCUGGGUGUGGGCGCUUGGGGUCCAGGACGGAACUAAACAUCUUUUGGGUCCUAGUGACCCCAGCCAGGUGCCUGUCAACUAUAUUUCUAAAAGGAAAGAUUAUUAUUUGUGGAAAACCUGAGAUUCCUUGGUUGGUUUGUUUAUUUCCCUUCUGAACUUUGAUGUAUGUAACCUCCACGUUUUGUAAAGGAAAACUCAAGGACCAGGCAAAGAAACGUCUCUGGGGUUUGACGCCGAGAGCCAUGGGCGGGGGAGCACCGAAGCUCCCUCUGGCAGGAGUCUGUUUGAUGCCCUCGUGACGCCGUCUGCCAGCUAGACCUCCAGACGAAAGGUCUGCCCUGCAGGGUUGUUGUUUGUUUCCUUGUGGUUUUGGUGGACUCAGGACCAUGGAAGGAAGACAAACCGUAGCAGCUAAUAACAUUUCCGAGUCUGUCGCUGCUUCUAAGGCAUUCUCAGGAACAAUAAGCAGCGAGAAACACGCCUUGGAGAAGAUCCGAAUUAUUUUUCCUGAAAUUUUUACCAUCCAUGUGUUAGGUGCUUUCUGUCUGAAGUCUGUGGUGCCCUCAUCUUAGGUAGUGCCCAGGGGCAGAGAGGGACGUACCAGGCAGACAGCAGUGGGGGGCCUCGGCAGGGGCGCCUUGCGAGGCUGGGUCAGGGGUGCAGGGAAACACCCCAGUCUCGGCCCCCCCGGGCCUGUCGGUAAGCACCGGGGAACACACAGCAAGGAGGGGAGGCUCAGGCUUUGGUGGAAGGCAGUUUCGAAGGCGGCCAGGGGUUGUGACUCCCUCCACGAUCCUUCCCGGCCCCCCUCUGUGCCCCGGGGGUCCCCUCACGGAGCCCCUGUAUGCAGAUUUGCAGAGACCUCUGUCAGAUUGGGCAGAACCAAGAGCCCACGGUCCACAUAGCAUUCUGGAGAAAACCCAGCUGUCUGCCAACUCUUGUGCGGUAUUCCCGGGAAGUUUUAUUUUGGGUUGCAAGUAUCGGGAAAACAGGAGCAGCUGUUUUUGAGAAUGUUGAUGAAACUUCUGCUUUUAAGGUGCACAUAAUGGGACCCAAACUUGGUUCAUGUCCUGAAACGCAUACCUGUUCUCCAGGGUGUGCUCGGGCAAAUCCUUAUCCAUGGGCAUCUGGAGCCCGUGGUUUCUGGAUCGAAGCUGUUCCAGUUUUGCCAUUUAGAUACUUCCAGACAAAUCUCUUUUAGCACAGGGUACGGGGAGGCCAUCCUUGCCCUCCUUCCUUUUGUGCAUUUGGCUUUUGUGUAUUGGGAGUGUUUGGUACUAAAUAAAACAUUGCUUUGCCCACGUUGGCGGGGGGAGAAUUGGCAUUUGGUGCGCAAGGGCUUUAAAGUCCUCAACUAUCAUGGGUCUGGAUAGAAUAUCCACCUCGUUCCCCCUGCCACCUUCCCACACGAAGCCUGAAGGUGUAGACAGGAACACUGUUUUAAUCUCCGGUAAAUCAAGGACGGCUCGUGCCUCUGGGCCCCGUUGCGCUGAGACCGGGAGCAGCAACUAGAAAUCGCUGUUGGGAAGAUGCACCACUUUUACCCAAUGAGCCAAGUGUGGGCUCUGAGGCCAGUCUUAGAAUCUGAUACACUCAGAUGAAAGAUGGCUUUGUCUUCAAUGAAAGAACCUAUAGUUAAAUAGGCGUAUCACUUCAGGGCAGAACGUUAUUUGAAAUUUGGGUAGGAAUCGUGGAUGUUAGAUCUGGAUAAAUCUUGCUCUUUGAUGCACAUGUUUGCUUUUUGUUUUGGGCAUCUUCUUACCUCCAAAUAGUUUGGGAUUUUUUUUUCUUUCUCCCUUCCAUGGAAGCUUGUUAGGGUACUUGGCCUCUCCCAGAGCUCCCCAUCUCUUCUUUUUCCUCUCUUUUGUACAUGGAAAAAAAAAUGUAUUUUUGUACCAUAUCUCAUGCCUGGAAGAGAAACCCUUUUUUUAUGUCUCCCGGGCCGUAGAACAUAUUAGUGCAACACUUCGGUCAAUGUGAUGUAAAAAAUCCUGAUGAGAACUACUGUGAAUGGGUUGUCACUACGACUCUGUUUUCUAGAUCUCUUAAAGUUCAUCAGUGUUUAUUUCCCAGUGCCUCAGUGUCCUGCCACACGCCACGAACAGAAAAGAGAAAGGACCAACUCUCUCUCUGACUGGCUGGAUUUGUGCGGCUGCUCCGGAGUCUGGGUUGACAAUGACCUCUGCCCUGAGAGCUAACAAAGGUGUUUCCGCGGCGCACCGGCCUUCCAUCAGUACAUUCCCCGCAGCGAUCAGGAUCGGCAUCAUCAGCCUUCUGGGGGCUUGGGGCUUUCUGUUUCAGCGAUACCCCCAUCCCUUCUGGUAACAAAAUGCAGCGAUAGAAUUUCUCGAAAGCCGGUCUUGUGCAUUGUGCCACGGUCUUUAUUGAGAAAGGUAACUGGGUGACUGGCACGGGAGGCCAAUACCAUUGAAAGAAGGUUUGUCACAGGGUUCCCUAAAGCCAAUGGGCACUGCAUGCCACGCAGGGCCCCCCGAAGCCCUUCAUGUGCAGGGUCGGGAAUCAGAGAAGGGGGUCCGUGCUUGAUGACUAUGGUCGUGGGAGGUGACCAGGUUCGAACAACCCCUCCUGGGUGCCAGGGGCAAACGUGCAGAUUGGGGUCAGUGGUUGCGAGGAUUAUACUAGGACUUUGCUGAGGGUAGGCUCGUGGGGAAGAUGUAAACCCCGUUGGCUGCUAGUCUGUCUCUGACUCAGCAGCCUUACGGAGAAGUGAGGAACAAUGUCACAUAGCCAAUGCAGCAUCGAAAACAUGGUGCAUACACCCUGUGCCUGGUGGCAAUCCCGAACCGCUUCAUUUCUAUGCCUUCUGCUUCUUAAGCUGCUCUAGAUGAUUGGCACCUGAUCACCCCUCCCUGAUGAGGUUUGAUUGUCUGACUUAACCCAAAAGCCAGCUCUGGCCGUCUAACUGGCUCAUGUUAGAAGGAGUUCCUAAGGCCCUAAGUUGUCAUUCCCCCUUCCACAACUUAAAAAAAAUAUAUAUAUAUAUACAUAUAUAUAUAUAUAUAUAUAUAUGUAUAUAUAUAUAUCUCCAUUCUGCAAAGUUUUGUUUAUGGUCAUCUGAGUAAUUGGACUUUUGCUUCUCAGUUGUGAAUAGUGAGUAAUAGAAUUAUAUAUUUUUUUGCAGGAUCUAACAUAGUACCCUUAAAAUUAGUAUUGGACAGCCGUCAAUAUGAUGUACAGUAUCUGGGAUAAACAAACUUAGUUCAGUGUACUGAAUUCUGUGCUUUCCUCCUCAAUGAUUCCCCGAUUUGCAGGAGAUAUACCAGGACUGGUUUUGCCAUUGUGGUGGCAUAAAAGGCUGAUUGUCAUUUGCAUCGUCUACUGAAAAACCUGUGGCAGCUAAUGAUGUCAUUGACCCUAUGUUCUAAUGUCUUUUUGCAGAUUUAAAGUUUUUGUUAUAGUGUCAGCUUUAAUAUUCGCAUGUGUGUUAAAUCUCUGGAUACCGUGUAAUUAAACUGAUUUCUUGUGGUGACGGUGAUUAGUGCUCACUUAAAAUCCAGCGAAGCAACUAUUUCCCCUCUUAACUGGAAAUCAUAUUUGUGAGGUAUGGUGUCCAUUAUCAACAGUGUAUUCAUGAUUCAGUUCAUAUUUUGUGUAUCUGAUAAUAAAUUUUCUAUAGCAUUUGAUUUCACACUUAAUAUAAACCCAUUUGAUUUGAAUAUGGUGGUGUGUGUGUGUAUGUGAUGUGUGCACACUUUAGUUCCGUAAGCCUUGGAAAACUGAUUCUAUGAAUAUCAAAUAUAGACAUAAAUGUAUAAGGCUUAUUUUAUUUGCAAAAUGGUACCUACAUUCCUCCUAUUUAUUAAAUCACUGGCUUUAGUGUUCUGUAGAGAUAUUUGUAGACCGAUUUCAGAACGGAAUGAAAAUAUUGUGAAAUUACAGCUUAAUAAAUGUUUAUUGUAAUUUUGUUGUA